UCUCAGUGCCAAUGCGUGUUUUUCACGGGAAUAACUGUCGUUGAAUCGAAAAAAAAAUGCAGAGUCUGCAAGAAAAGGCUUCCGAAUGGAGUGGGGUUGCCAUAGACGACGCUUUUUCCAUCGACAACACCAACCUCUUUAACAAGCUCGGCCUUCAAACCUUCAUCAACCUCUCCACCAAUUUCUACAACAGGGUAUACGCCGAAGAGGAAGAGUGGUUUCGUUCAAUAUUCGCUAAUUCUAAGAAAGAAGACGCUAUUCAAAACCAAUACGAGUUCUUCGUGCAACGAAUGGGUGGACCUCCUCUCUUUUCCCAAAGAAGAGGACAUCCCGCUCUAAUUGGUCGACAUCGCCCAUUUCCUGUAACGCAUCAAGCUGCAGAGAGAUGGUUACAUCACAUGCAACAAGCAUUAGACAGUACUCCAGAUAUAGAUGAUGACUCAAAGACCAAAAUGAUGAACUUUUUCAGGCACACUGCAUAUUUUUUGGUCGCUGGAGAUGAGCUAAAGAAUCAAAACCAACAGAUUCCCUGCAAACAUGCAGCCAAAAGAGAUGAUUCAUAAAUCUUUAUUUCAAUUUCCUUUUUAUUUAUUGCAUUUUUCCCAAAACUUUGUGUAAAAAAUAGUUGAAUACAAAAAACAGUAUUGAAUUGCCUUUAAGUUGUACUCACUAAACUCUGGCAGGUCUAAUCCUUACUCAGAAGUUUUAUGAUUUUUUCCUUGAA